AUGUCGUUAUUACGGCGCCGGAUCGCCGCCUUCGGGCCACUUACAUCAACAGCAGUACUAGCAGUUCGAGAUUCAGAUGUACCUUCUGGAACAGAACAACAAGAAGCAGCCGCUGCAGAAUCAACCAUCGCACCAUUUUCUACGUCCUUGAAUGGGGUUGACCAACCUGGUAACAUGUUAUUCAAGGACAUGCUGUGGUGGACGCUGGGUAUAAUAGCACUCACUGUACUCGCCAUCCGCCUUUUCGUGAUAGGCUUCAGCAAACUACGUCAUGUUACUUCCAUGUCGGCCUCGGCCGAGAGACAGGCUUACUGGAAAAAAUCGCAAUGGAGUUGGAUGCCGGGCUUGAAGAAGCAUAUUAUCUAUGCACCCUUGUGGAACAAACGACACAACCGAGAGUUCAAGCUGUCAUCUGCUAUCAGCAUUGGCACCUUGCCAUCCCGACUUCACUCCAUUAUUCUAGGUAUCUACCUAUUAAGCAACGCCAUCUACAUGUUUAAGGAGAACUGGAUCCAGGAGAACCGUUACGCCCUGGCUGCCGAGAUUCGAGGACGUUCAGGCACGCUGUCCCUCGUCAACAUGGUUCCUCUUAUCAUCAUGGCAGGUCGAAACAACCCCCUCAUCGCCUUGCUAGGAGUAAGCUUCGACACUUACAAUCUCUUACAUCGGUGGAUGGGUCGAAUGGUCGUCAUUGAAGCUGUCAUACACACAGUCGCCUGGGCUUAUGUUGCAGUUGCUGCUGAUGGAUUCGAUGGCAUGAAUUUCCAGUUGAUUCACGACAACUUUUACGCCUCUGGUCUUGCGGGAACCAUAGCUCUCGUCAUCCUCCUCUUUUUCUCGCUCUCCCCGCUACGACACGCCUUCUAUGAGACGUUCCUGAACUUUCAUAUCAUCUUAGCCUUUAUCACAUUCGCUAUGACUUGGAUCCACUGUGCGACAGCGCAUCUUCCCGGUGGGCUCCCCCAACUUCCAUGGAUGAUGGCCAUUUUCUUACUCUGGAUGGCGGAACGGUUAUCUCGCAUGUUCCGCCUUGCCUACCACAACUGGUCCAAGAAGAAGGGAUUUACGGAAGCUGUUGUAGAGCCUAUGCCCGGUGAGGCGGUUCGCGUUACUCUGCAUUUACCCCGUUACGUGGACGUCAAACCUGGAACCCACGCAUACGUCCGGUUCAUGGGUGUCAAUCCAUGGGAAACCCACCCGUUCUCUAUUGCCUGGGUUGAUCACCAUCCUGAGCCGUCGUUCGGAGAGAAACCCGAGGAGAAAUCCCCGUCUAAGAUGGAAAAAACAUCCGUUUGGUUUAUUAUUGGUGCUCAUACUGGAUUCACUCGAAAACUAUACAAUAAAGCGCUUCAGGGAGGAUCACCCUCUAUCCGGAUCCGAGCCGCCAUGGAAGGUCCAUAUGCUGGCCACCACCAACUUGAGUCAUACGGCCACGCUGUACUUUUCGCCGGCUCAACUGGCAUCACUCACCAGAUCUCAUACAUCAAACCGCUGAUCGAUGGCUUUAACGACGGGACCAUUGCGACGAGACGAGUCACGCUCGUGUGGGUAGUACGUGACAUGGAGGCGUUGGAGUGGGUGCGUCCCUUCAUGGACCAGAUAUUGCGGAUGCCAAGGAGAAGAGAAAUCCUAACCAUACGACUCUUCGUGACGAGGCCCAAGAACCCCAGGGAGCUUCACUCAACGUCUUCCACAGUCCAGAUGUUCCCCGGACGUCCGAAUGUCCCUACGCUACUCAAGAAGGAGGUCGAGGAGCAGAUAGGGGCAAUGUGCGUUACAGUAUGUGGACCGGGUGCGUUAGCAGAUGAUGUGCGAGCCGCGGUUCGCGAGGUCCAGGACGAGAACUCUGUGGUUGAUUUUGUGGAAGAGAGCUUUACGUGUCUCAAAUUCGUCAUCUGGAACUAUGAGGCUGGCUGUCAUAGCUGCGUGGGAACGGGAGCCCGUGGCCAAAAGGCCUCAUCUGUCUUCAACCUGCUGGUAGCUGUUGGUAUGUCGACGCCGAAUGUCUAUUCCGACGAGAUCGAGUACUUCUGCACCAGAAUUAACAGCGAGCGAAAGGAGAUAUGCGUCUCUCUUCAUCUCUACAAUGACCGAGGAUGA